AUGGAUUGUAUUAGUAAAGAACUAAACAUAAACAACAAAAAUGUGUUUUCAACUUCUACGUCUGACCUAUUUACAGUCGUUGUACACAGCAGUUGGCUUAAAAAAUGGCUAAAGAACGCAGAAAUCGAUUCAUGCGUGAAUAAUGUAGAUUACACCCUACAACUUGGUGAAAGUGUCUCUUAUCCAUGGCGAAAAGUAUUUAUCAGAGUACUACAUAAAAAGGUUUCCAAGGUUUUACCUUUGCCUCGAUAUAAACUCAAUGAAAGUAACUCGGAAUCAUCUUUAACAUUCGCACAGCUCCUUCAAUAUGUCUCACAAACCAAUCAAAGAACGCUUUGGAAGGAAUCUUAUAAGAAAUACUGUCAAAACACAGAAAGCUCCAAAGAAAGUACUAUUGUCAACCUUAUGGAGCAUGAUCAGCUUCUUUCCGAAGUGAUGCUGAGAUUGUAUGGCUGUAAUGUAAUUAGAAUAAAGAAUGACAGCUCAGGAAAGUCUACAGAAUAUAAAGAUAUAGUGCCCAAUAAAUAUGUUUCAAAAUCUUAUGAGUCUCAUGUCAAUUUGUUAGCAGCUAUGUUCACAUUAGAGACUGAUAAUAACUACUUUGUAGUCUACAGAGGCCACUAUGAGUAUAAUUUAUUGGAUUGCUUAAAUUUCAGUCCAGCUCUUGUAGAUAAGAAUUAUACCAGAGGCAUGUUUUUAAUAUACCAAUUGUUGAAUGUUGCAAAGUCUAUGAGCGAUAGAGGCUUGAGUUUGGGUAUGAUUGAGCUUCAAGAUAUUUAUUUGACAGAGAAUUUGUGGUUGCAAAUAUUACCUUCUAUAAUAAACAAUAUACAUACAUUAGAUGCAUCUUUAAUUUAUGAGUUGAAUAGAAGUAAGCAGAGUACACCUGCUGUGUCAAAUCAAGGAUCUCAAGGAAGGCGAGGAGAGGAGUGGUGUUGGCGAAAUGACGUUGCACAAUUGGAAAAACUGUGCUUGCUAUGGGUGAAAGGGAGGAUAUCAAAUCUGGAUUAUCUGCUGCAUCUGAACAUGCUUGCAGGAAGAUCUGCUAAUGAUCCUCAAGCCCAUUUUAUGGUGCCUUGGGUCACUGAUUUUGCCUCACGAUGUGGGCGCAAUUGGCGCGACCUGACAAAGACAAAGUACCGCUUGACCAAGGGCGAUCGACAGCUCGACAUGACGUACGACGUCUUGAAUUGCAGUGAUCAAAUCCCACAUCAUGUCUCCGAUGCCCUGUCUGACAUCACUUGUUAUGUCUAUUUGGCGAGAAGAACUCCAAAAGAAGUGCUCUGCAAACACGUUCGUAACAACUGGGUGCCAGCAGAGUACCCAGUGUCAAUCCAACGUAUGCAAGAAUGGACGCCAGAUGAGUGUAUUCCAGAGUUCUACACUGAUCCCACUGUCUUCAAGAGCAUACAUGAAGAUCUGCCCGAUCUAGGAAUACCGUCGUGGGCGACUUGCGUAGAGGACUUCAUAACUAAACAUAGGGAAGCGUUGGAGAGUGCACAUGUGUCUGAAAAUCUGCAUCACUGGAUUGACAUCACAUUCGGAUAUAAGCUUUCAGGUACCGCGUCAGUUAAGGCCAAAAACGUCUGCCUGUCUCUAGUAGAUGGUCACACAAAGAUGCGACGUGGCGCAACUGUGCAGCUGUUCGUGGCUCCACAUCCGCCACGCCAGCCCCGGGCACUGCCACCUGCACCGCCCAGGUUGCAUUGGACUACUCCUAGAGAUGCUAAAAAAUCUAUCAAACAGGAUAGUUCUGAUGAGUUCACAGAAGAGGAAGAAGAAUCAAGCAGCUUACCUCAACAUGUCUCGCGUCUGAACGUCCCAACGCAUCGAAGGCGUUCCUCGCGACACAAAAGCAGCAGCCGCGCGAGAUCUUUGACUAAAAGCAAUAGUCAGGGCCUUGAUGAAACGCAAGCUACGGAAACCAGGGCCUCCUCACAUUCAAGACAUUACAGAGUCCAACGUUCCGAACUUGGAAAAGGAAUCAUUUAUCUCCCAAAAGAGUUCAACCCAGUCGCGUCCAUACAAGCUCUGGAAGCUUUGGACAAUUUCCGAACAAAAUGUUUUUUCACUAAAGCCGAUGACAAAGCGAAACACAAGGACAACCUAACUACUUUGAAUCUGUUUCCAGUACAACAGGAUAUAAAAAAAGAAAGUAGCACAGCGACAAAAGAUUCCGACGACACGGCGUUUACGAAUCACAUGUUCUUGGCAUCUUACGAUCAAAAUUAUUUGAAGAAGUUUAGUCAGGAUGCUCAUCUAGAAAAUGUUCUAAAAGAAAGAAAGAAUAGGACAUUUAACACGAGGUAUACCACAGACGCUACAGUGUACAAACAGUUCGUUACGGAAAGUCGGAGACGAGACAUGUUAGUGAUUGGUUGUCUCAUUGUUGAACUUUUCCUGCAUAGUUACAUGCGCCCAUUGAGGACCCACAGUGACUUUCUAGAGCGAUAUACUAAUUGUCGAACUGUUCUUAAGUAUAAUUUCCACUCGGUGCCUAAAUGCGUCAGUUAUUUAGCGUCUCAGCUGCUCAAUGUGCAGCCUCCGAGUCUAAGUUUCCGGAACGAAUUGGCCAUUAAAUCGAAGGAGGACCCGUUGAAGAAAAUUAUCGUAACAGACAAAGGUUUACCGCCGCCUACACCGUCGCAGCUAUUGCAACCUUUAUUGAUGCAACAUCUCAUACCAUUUCCACAGACCUUCAACAUUUUAUAUAAGCUCUUAAGUACUUUACAUGAAUAUGAAUUAACCAGUAAUGAAUUGAAUAUUCUGUACAUGUAUGAGUGCGAUGGAGUUCAAUGUGAGAAAUAUCAGAACAUAGAUAAAACAAAAUUGUAUUUCACACAGCGGAUCGCGGAAGGUAAAAUCCAAGCCUGUGCUACUCAUUUGGAAGUUCUCCUCAAUCAAUUGAGUGGACAAUUUGAUGUCCUUGAUAUUUUUCUCGCACAUUACAUUGAAUUGUUAACCAAUAAAGACACUUCAGUGUUGGCAGCUUGGUACUUAUUUGAUACAGUAAGCAAAGCAUUAGGGCCUGCGGAGACUAAAAGUAAACUAUUGAAGCAUAUUCUAAAUCUCUAUGAGGAUGAUGACUACGUCAUUGAUAAGCCUGAACAGCACAAAUUAACAGAGGUGGAUUCAGUCACUUGUUCGGGAGUCGCAGGUAAACAAAAAUUCGUGAAACUAUACCACAAUAUAUUCUUACUUCAAUUGAUGGUAAGACUUGGCCUUCAAUGCUUUUUGGAAACCUUCACUCAGCACCUUGUUGAGGCUGUCGGAGGAUACAAAGAUGUAACCGUGGAAGUUGGUUCUCCCGGGCAUUCAUGCCACCACAGAGCAAUGGCAAACAAAAAGCCUCGAUAUUCUGACGACACCGUCAAGAAUGCUUUGUCAACUACUUCUGAUAUAUUUUCUCCGGACACAUCGUACGGUUCAGAGCACGUGGCCACGCCUAAUGUUGAGAAAACGGUUGUAGAAGUCCACGAAAGUUCGAAAGAGAAAGACUCUGACAAUAAGAGCGAGAAUGAGCUCUUCCAUUUUGAAACUGAAAAGGAAAGAUUGCCGAGUAGAAGUAGUAGAAGUAAAUCGCCAGCGGAGUCUAUAGAUUCAUAUGCUUCUAACCCCCAACAAGACAUAGUGAGUCCUACGCCAUCUUCAGAAUUUGUUUCUCCAUCAAGUGCGAAGUAUUUUACGCCAAUCAGUAUGAAAACAAAUGAUCUCAGUGUUUUCGUAACUAAUGAAGAAUCUAUAGAGACACCUAAAAGACCUACGUCACCAGCAAGACCUAUGUUUACAAGUUACCUGCACUUUGCCGAUGAUGAUGUGAAAUUUGAAGAUGUUGAGGUGCGGAAAGAAUCACACUCGCGGCAAAUAAAAAGCUUUACGGAACUCAGUAGGAACUUUGAAAAUGCUGAUCCAACGUCAUCCAAAAGUCUGCACGAAGGGGAAUUGUCUAGCAAAGAAUUGAGUCCAUGUAAGAUCUCAGAUAUGAGUUCAGAAAGUCUUAUUUGGUUGGCGCACAGACUUGGUCCAGUGCUUACCUGUAGACAUAUUACAAGGAAUUUGCUUAAAAUGUUGACGCUUUGUUAUAUCGGAAAAGAUAAUCUGGCAGCUUACGAAGGGGAUGAGAGGGACGAAUUUGAUGAGAUAGCGAUUGUGAAUAGUCGUGUGGUUGGUGACAGGAACGCGUCGAAGGUUAUAAAGUGCCUUGUUUCUAUUGUCGCAAUGUACGGCGAGCAGCUUAUAAUCUUCCAGUACCUACCACACAUGGGCGAGUUGAUUGCAUCGUGUCGAAAGCGGUUGUCGGCGCCACUAGAGGGCGGCGUGGUAGCUUGCCUGCAGCUCGUUAAAUAUUUGCUGCCUUAUUUGUCCGAUGUCAAAGUUAUGGAGCAACUGCAGGAUACAUUUCUAAAGUCCAUCCUACAGCCGGCGCUUCGGCUAGCAUCAACGACGCGUUGUUCCUACCCGAGCGGCGGUCGCGCGCGCGUUUGCGUCGCGCGAAAGUUGGUGGGCGCGCUAUAUGCGCUCGCUUUAAGGAUAGGUCCAGAGAUGACUCGAAGGCAUUUAGCUGUGCCUGCACUGCAGAGAUUCUUCUUAGCGUUUGACAAAGCUACUGGUAAAACAGAUAACUGGCCAAAGGACGAUUCAAAUGGCGACAAGUCAUCAGAACAAGACGCAGCGGAUUCUAAAAUGGAAGGGUUUUUGGAAAUUUGCCGCGACGGUACGACGGCGGAGUGGACAGUGAAAGACGGGCGCGUUGUUCGGGCUGACUUGCCCGACAUGGCAUGCACUCCACCUGACGUGUCAGACCAACCGCCCGACGCCGUCAGGCUCACUGCACAAGAAGAGCUACUCAUGGCGUUCGACGAGGCGCUAGCAUACCACUCAUACACGGCGUUCGAGAAGUUCAUAGGCGCAGACUAUAUCGAGCGUUGCCUUAAAAACAACGACACUUUGCGAGCGCUGUGCCAAAGCUAUAAGCAGAACCAUUAUAUCAGUUCCACAUUCAACCGCCAAGACAAGCGCUUCCAAUUGUCCUUAAAUGAUGAGCCGCGUAACAAAAGGAAUAUAGACAUAACACCAUCUAAAUCCGAAGUUGUUAUGGAUCAUAUAUCGAGCUCCAAUAGUUUUGGCUCCAAUGUAACUUUGGUAGGCAACAGGAUUGAUGUUGUUAGCGAACCGAGUGAAAUCUGUAGCGGCCAAGGUACCGGAUUUGACGUAGUUGCAUAUAAAAUGGAUAAUGGGUGUAAGAGCAACAGACAUCUUCGAGGUGACUGGCUCAUCUACUGGGAGCACGAAAUCGGACGUCCCGAUAAAGACGCUCGGUUCAACCUCAAGCAAAUCAAACUGCAGACGUUUACCGGUCACACGCACUCUGUCAAGUCCAUACAUUGUCUAGACAAUGAGAACAGUUUCAUGAGUGGUUCCAAAGAUAAAACUGUAAGGCUGUGGUCGCUGAGGAAUCAGGGCGAUGGUAACGCGACAACUCAGUGCAACUGGACGUACACUGGUCAUAAAAAAGGCGUGCUGUCUCUCGCCUUCUUAGAAUCACAACGGCUUGCUGUCUCCACGGAUUCUGUCGUUCACAUCUGGGACCCCUUUAUGGAAAGCGUAGUUUCUCAGAUGGACAACAUAAAAUCGCCCGUGAGCAUAGUGCGCACGCUGCCUGGGCCGUCGGCUUCCGUAAUCGCAGCCACCACGGACGCCACGCUCAAAAUUAUCGACGCACGCGCUUGCAAUUACACUCACGAGCUUAAGUUGCCGAUGAGCGCGACGACGUUCGUGCGUUGCAUGUGCGUGUGCGCGAGUGGCGCGUGGGUGGCGUGCGGGCUGGCCAGCGGGCACGUGUGCGUGCUCGACGCGAGGACCACGCUGCCGCUCGCCUGCUGGCGCGCGCACGACGGAGAGGUACUCAGAUUGGCCGCAGUGGACGACCAUCGGCUACUUAGUUCAGGUUUAGAUCAAGUAACAGCGCUGUGGCGACCAGAUGACGGCGAACUCAUUGCGCACCUCAAGGGUAGCACUGAGCCCGUGCACUGUCUUUCCGUCUACUACAAUGAGCUCAUAUCGGGUACGACGAACAACCGCAUCGGGGUCCACACCGCUCUCGAUCAAGAAGCUUCGUUCUCCAGCACUAAGCUACGGUCAGAUACCUUCAAAGGUGUUCUAACAUGUAUGGCUGUAUUGCCUUUGAAUAGGCUCUUGUUGUUGGGCAGCGAUAAUGGCACGAUAAGUUUACUUUGCUGAUUGAUGAUGGUGUAGUGUGAUUUAGGAAUAACUGGAUAUCGCUAUAUUUGUGGUCAGGCCGUGGCAUUACCAUGCAUUGUACAGUAAAAUAAUUGUUUUAAUAAAACGUUGGUUAGUCGUUUUGAUUGGUGAUGUUGCAAUAUUGUAUUAUUUUCCGAACCGACUUUCCAUAUAUUUUGCAUCGCAGCGAUGACAAAGUUUUGCAUAAAAUAAAAAAUAUUAAUUACAAACCUCGCUAUAGUUGUUCAGUGUAAUGGACUCUCUUGCAAAUAUUAGUAUUAUUAGAACAUUUUAUGACACUCUUAUCCGUUAAAUUGGUGUUAAACGAGUGGUAAAUUGAUCUCCAGAAAGUUAAUUUUUUUAAAUCCUGUAAUGAUAUUGCCACGCCCUUACCGCUAAGACUACAAGGUGUAAAACAAUUUAGUGUAAUCUGAAAUUAAUUGAAUAUUUUCACACAGCAAUUCGUUUAUCCAUAUUUUGUUUGAAUGAAAUGUAAAGAUAUUUUUUGUACAGGGUUAUAGGUAGCAAACCAUUAUUUACGUAUAUUUUUAUGCAAUCAUUCCAAUUGUAUACAUUUUUAAUUGUAAGUAUAAUUUAAUCCUACAUUUAGUCUUGUAAUUUGUAAAACACCUUAGGCCCGUUUUAAUAAAUAGCUCUCAUCAGAUUUUAAAUACGUAUCGGCUAAGAUGUCUCUCGGAUUUAGAGAUACCUUUCAUGCUCUCGUUAUUUAAUCAAGUAAUAAUCAUCGGCAAUUUGGGUGAUAGGUACCAUCUACAGUGACUAAUGGCGAGUUUAAUGAAACGCUUGUUGAAGCGCUGCAGCGGUGAAAAUUAGUAAUUUUCUACAAAUUUAGUUUUAGUUUUAAUAGCAUUUAGUUGAAAGGGCGUUUGUGACAUUUUUUCAAGAAAAUUUAUAUGUUUACUGCCGUGAUCAGUAAAAAAAAGGCCGAUCUGUCACUAUUUUUAUUUUAUCAUAUGUGGAUGAGGUAUGAAGUUAUCGUAAGAGAAAGUAAAUAUUUUUUUUUAUUUCAUUGCUUUAAACAAAAAGAAUUUUUGGUUUUGACUUUUUGUCACAAGUUUACCACAAGAGUUUUUGACUAAUGGCUGCGGCAGAAUAUCUAGCCUGCAAAAGUGGCGCGCGC